AUGGCCGCAAGAUUGAUAUCCUCAUCCACUGAUGGCUUCUUUCAAAAGUUACCGGUCUUGCUACCGCUUUACACCACCUCGGACACGAAUACCACCAACACAAAGUCAAAGGCUGCAGAUGUAAUCUCAGACGACGUAGCGUUCGCCAGAGUCCUUGCAUUCUACCUACCUUCAUCAGCACAACAACCUCUCCAGGCAAUCCAUGAUAUGAGUCGCCUGUCUCUUCACCCGGACGUUCUAGCCCACACAGUUGAUGCAGAGACCAAUCAUCCCAAGCUACGGCCUUUCAACACCUUUGGCCAAGAAAACAAGAAUGACCCUCUGUGGACCACCACGGGUUGGAAAGCGCUCAAAGCUAUAUACCAGGAGAAUGGUCUGAUCAGCGUGGCUUACGACACAACGAACCAAGAGUGGAACAGACGUGUGCAUCAAUUCGCUCUGGAGCACGCUUACAUCUGUACGGGAGCACUGACAGGCUGUCCCAUGGGCAUGAGCGAUGGCGCGGCAAAGUUACUUCAAGGACAUCUUGACAAGCCAGACGGAAAUCAACCUGGUUUAAACAAGGUUAUAAACGAAGCAUAUCGAAGACUGAUCUCCAACGAUCCGAAAGAAGCUUGGACAGCAGGACAAUGGAUGACGGAGCGCUCUGGCGGUAGCGAUGUAAGCGGCACCGAAACUUAUGCAAGAAGACUCAGGGAUUCAGAACUGGCUGAAGAGUCCCGAAAAGGUCGAGUUCACGAUGCGCAUGGCAUGCCUCUCGGGCCGUGGUGUAUCAAUGGCUUCAAAUGGUUCAGUAGCGCUACUGACUCCGAUAUGACGAUGAUGCUUGCACAAACUGACAGUGGUCUCUCAUUGUUCUAUGCACCCACGCGGCGCCAUGUACCCUCGAUAGGCAAUGCUCCUCCUGCUUCCGAACUCAAUGGCAUUCGCAUUCAGCGGCUCAAGGACAAACUCGGCACAAAAUCACUUCCGACAGCAGAGCUCGAACUCAAAGGCGUCCGCGCAUACCUCAUCGGCGAAGAAGGACGCGGCGUCAAGGAAAUUUCUGCUAUUCUGAACAUGACGCGUUUGUACACUGCACACGCCGGUGUUGGCUACUGGGCACGCGGAUUACAAGUUUGUCGUGCUCAUGCCCGGGUUCGAAAAGUAAGAGGUGGGCUCCUCCAAGACAAUCCCGCACAUCUGAGAUGGAUGGCUAGCGAAACGGUAAAGUAUACCGCAGCCACGCAUUUCGCCUUCUUUGGUAUCGCAAUGUACGGAGCAAUGGAACAAGACCCAGAAAAGGUGGUUCGCAGCACUAAAGCUUCUGCCUUGAUCCCUUCAACCAAGGACGAACUGGCCAUUCUCUUGCGUCUCCUAACUCCAGUGAUGAAGAGUCAGAUCACGCUUGGAAGUGUAGCAGGUCUAAGAGAAUCGAUGGAAUGUCUGGGUGGCGUCGGCUAUUGCGAGAACAACGAAGACGGCGGCCUCAUGAAUAUUUCCAGAGUCUUCCGUGACGCACUUUCUGGGCCCAUCUGGGAAGGCACCGUUAGCGUCAUGGCCGAGGACGUGGUCAGAGUUCUAACAGACAAGCGCAUUGGAGGAGGCAAAGUCAUUCAGACGGUAUAUGCUCCUUGGGUGCGCCGCAUCCUGACUGUAUGCAGACCAACAUUCUCUAACGAGAUUGAGCUUGUAUUGGUUAGACUCACGGCAUUGGAAAAUAUGGUUAAGGUUGUCGACAAAGAGCAAAUAUUGUUCCAGGGACGUGAGUUGCUGCAGCAUCUCGAAUGGGUGACUUGUGCGGUAUUGCUCAUGUUUGAUGCUUGUACUGACAGAGACGAAAUUGCUAUUGAGAUAGCCCGGAGGUGGGCAAGAAGCCAUCCGAUGAGUCCGACUGCGUUCCAACCUCCAGAUGGAGCCAAUUGGCCGGAAAUAUCGAAAAUGGACAAGCGAAUCUUCUUAGGCAGCAGUGGGAUGGAGUCAGGCAAAGCGACUGCAAAGUUAUAA